GCCAUUUCUAUAACGAUUAAGACCAGGUAAGGUCAUCUGUGAUCUGAAAUUGCAGAUUCAGAUCAUUUUAGGCCCACUACCUGCACACCUAGAGAUGGCAGGAGUUGUGUUUACAGCUCAAAUGGAGACUUCACAAGAUAAAGAGCACCUGUGUCUUCACUGCAAGAUAUUUACACUGUAGUUACAGCUCUCACUGAAUCCAUCAACCAGAACUGACUACCUACUCCAGAGUCUACUUCACUUCUUCACUGGUGAAAUAAAACUAAACACAUUCUUGACUCCUUAUAUGUAGUGAAAUGCAAAAACAAACUGCUGUGGCCUUAGACAAGAGGCAACUGAGUUAAUGAUAAGAUAAAUCAUAAUCGUUAUAACUCUGCUGAAUACACAUUCAUAGUCCAUUCUCUCCCACCAGUUUACUGCUGAGAAGAGAUAACUGCUCUACAUAGAACGGUUCACUACACACCCCCAAAAUGGCUACAGGUCGUGAUGACAGAGAAGAAAGCCUACAAGCCAAAAUAACUGAAUAUUUUGUCAGCUGUCCAUUAUGCCUUGUUGAGUACAAAGACCCGACAGAUUUACCAUGUAGGCAUACAUUUUGUAAAGGUUGUCUGAAGACUUAUAUUUCACACUCAACACCAGGAAGUAAAUUCCAAUGUCCUGUGUGUCAGAAAGAGACUGAAGUUCCUAAAGAUGGCCUUGAGGGCUUCACUCACAGUUUCUUCAUGGAAAGCUUGCAGGACAUUGUACUUCAGUCAACACAUAAGAAAAAGUGCAGCUUUUGUGUUUUGUUGUCCCAAACUAAAACAGUGGCUACUUCAAAAUGUAUCACCUGCAAUGACUACCUAUGCGACAAUGUUCUCCAUUCCACUGUGCUACCACACUCACUAAAGAUCACAGGGUACUCACUUUUCAACAACUUCACAGCAGUGAGUAUCAAAAAGAAAUCCAAGAGCAGCUGAUUAUUAUCUGCCCAGAGCACAAAGGUGAGAUGAUACGAUUCUUUUGUUCAGACUGCAGUGUCCCCAUUUGUCGUGACUGCAGAGAUCUAAACCAUGAUGGCCACAAACUUACCUCCCUUGAAAAAGCUGCAGAGAUGGUAAAGCCAAAACUUUUGACCAAAGUCUGUAGUAUGGAGAAAAAAAUUGAAACAGGUGAGAAAACAAUAGCUAAAAUUGAUGAAAUAUUGGCAACCCUCCAAGAAAAUGAAAGCUUUGUUCAGCAGAAGAUCAAAGCUCGUGCAGCUCAUCUACGUCAACUGGUAGAUCAACGAGAGAAAACCUUACUACAGAAGCUUUAUCAAACCACCAGCACUCACAGAAAUAAUUUACAAAUUUCACACAAAAACUGCAGUGCCACUUGCUUCUCUAUCAAAACCACAACAGAUGUAGUAAAGAACAUCCUUCAGCAUGGUGCCCCCAUAGAUGUCCUCAUGUUACACCACCAACUUGGACAGAGACUAGAUGAGCUACAGUCCACUUCAGCUGUGGAUGAUAUUCCAGAGGAACUAAAACUCACACUAACCGUCACCACAGAAGUGGACCAAGAGAUAUCCAGUGGGGCUGGCCUGGGGAAUGUGCAGAUAUCUAGCCAACCAGCUUUGCCCAAGCUCAAACCAAAGGCUGAAUGUAUGCUGAAGUUUGACACUGGCUGUCUGAGACCAGUGGACAUUUCAGCAAGUCCAAACAGGGAGUAUGUUACUACACAUGACAUGUACAACAAGGUCAAGGUUUUUAGUUCAGAUGGUACAUCAAGGCAAGAGAUCACCAGUGUCUCAGGCAAACAGCUGAAAUUUCCAGUAGGGAUCUGUCACUUCCCUGAUGGAAGGUUGGUUCUAGCCUGUAGAGAUAAUAACAAACUCUUCAUCCUGUCACCACAGUGGGAAGUACAGCAAACUGUAGAUGUCAAUAACCCAUUUGGUGUGGCUCUCAAUGACAGCUGCACUAAGAUUGCUGUGGCGCAGCAUUAUAAAGAAAAGUCUGUGAGUGUGUUCAGUUUUGAUAUCAAAGGGCAAAUAACUUUAACUGGUGUGAUAAAGGACAAAGAUGGGGAGCAGUUGUUCAAUUCACCAUAUAAAGUAGCAUAUAUGAGCAAUGGGUGCCUUGUUGUUAGUGAUGAAACACCAAACAAACUUCACAUCCUAACCCCAUCUGGUGACCCACUGUAUCAGUACACAGGACCUGAUAACAAGUUAGGUCGACCCCAUGGUGUCUGUGUUGAUGCAUAUGACAACAUACUGGUUACAGAUGUUGAUAACCACUGCACGCACCUUGUUUCCCCAAAUGGGAAGUUUAUCCAGUACAUAGCAACUGAAGCUGAUGUACUAGAAUACCCAUGGGGAUGUACCAUUAACAAGGAUGGAGACCUGGUUGUGGCUCAAAGGAAUGGGAAAGUGAAAGUAUUCCAAUACUUGAAAAAAUUACAUUCUUUAAAAUGCUAAGCAACUGAACAUUGUGCACUUUUCUGACAAAUUUCAAAUUAAGCAGCAUACAAGAUAGCAAAGCAUCCAAAUGUAAAAACACAAAGCAGAAAAUAAUGAUGGUAGUGUAUAAAAUAUUUUUUUAUCAAUUUUGAUGCAGUAUUACACAAUAAUA